GCUAUGGCCUUGCCUGGUACAGCCACUUCUUCGUCGAGCGCAACGCUCCGGCGACCUUUGGCCACCCCCUCUGGUCUCUCCUCUGUGAUUUCUGGAUGUAUGCAGAUCCUUUUGAUGUCAAAGCACAAAAAAAAUUGAAGCAACUAUACGACAGUAUGUAUGGAUGGUAGCCCACCUGGUUACCACAUUCAUCAUGGAUUUGGGUCAGGAGCAAAUAAUUGGCUCGUUAAUUUAGAGGGAGGAGGCUGGUGCAAUAACCUAAGAACAUGUACUUACCGAAAGAAAUCACGCCGUGGUUCAUCCUACUAUAUGGAGAAGGAGAUUUCAUUCACUGGAAUAAUGAGUGACAAACGUGAAGAGAAUCCUGACUUCUAUAAUUGGAACAGAGUCAAGGUUCGCUAUUGUGAUGGUGCGUCAUUCACCGGGGAAGGCUACAAUAGGGUAGCGGAAAGGGCUCUCUACGUCUGGAACAACUAGGACUUUGUGCGAAUGGCAUGGCGAUGCAUAGAGGACAUUCUUCCUUCAUUAGUCCAAGCCAUCGAGAACAUUCAGAUUGUCAUUAAGAGCUUUGUACAGAUUAUCAUUAAGAAUUUCUGUGUACAGAUUAUCAUUAAGAAUUUAUGUGUUGACUCCAGAACAUUCAGAAUUCUAAUCUUUGUUCAUCAAGAAAAUUGAUUUUUUAGUCAUCGGAAUUGGGAUAUUUCUUCUUA